AUGAGCGAUCCACUCUCAAUCGCGGCUGGCGUCGCUGGAUUCCUCUCAUUUGGGAUCCGAGUCACGCAAACCUUGGUAGAUUUCUACACAGACUACAAAAGCCAAGACGCGGAUAUUGCGAAGAUCAUUCAAAACAUAAAGACCCUUCAAAAUACCCUUCGAUCCUUGGAAACUGCAGUUCAACAACGACAAUCUCAACCUAAUGCCAGUGCAGAGGACCUACUACUUCAAGACGUCGAAAAGGCGACACAGAAUUGCCAUGAAAUAAUCCAUGAGCUUCAAGCAGAGUGUCAGAAACUUUAUGCUAGAUCGGACUUGGAUUCGGGGGCCAGAUUCAAAGAUCGUUUUCAAGUUGCUGGACGUCGCGCAACUUAUCCGUUCCGAAAAAGCACACUUCAGAAAAUCGAAGAAGAUAUUAGCGAAAUACGUGAGAGUUUGACGUUCGCAUUGAGUGUAUUACAACUUCAAGGUCAUAAUCGGAUUGAAGAUGAAAUAUCAACAGUCAAAUCUCUCCUCGAGCGAACUAAUACAAGUCAAGUAUCUUUCGCAAUUCGUGCCUGGCUUCAGGCACCGGAUCCAUCUCUAAACCAGAACACAUUCUAUGCAAAACAUCAUCCAGAAACUGGGCUAUGGUUUAUCAAAAGUCCCAAAUUCACAAAUUGGCUUGUUGAGCGAAAUUCAUUUCUUUGGCUUAACGGAUUCGCGGGGUGUGGUAAAUCGGUUCUUUGCUCGGUUAUAAUACACCACACAUUCAAGUUUUGGGAGAAGAGUCUGAAUCUGAACCGUGGAAGAGUGGGAAUCGCAUAUUUCUAUUUUGCUUUUAGUGAUGAGUCAAAACAAGGUUCUCAGGGCUUAUUGUGUGCUUUGCUGCUACAGCUAUCGGUGCAACUCGAAGACGGCGAAGAUGAGCUGGACAAACUGCGUUUACUGUCCAAGUCAUCCGCGCCCCCUGAGAAAGUCCUACUUGAAACCCUUCGAAAAUUCCUGGAACGGUUCCAGGAUGGGUAUAUCCUUAUCGACGCAUUGGAUGAAUGUCCUCAAGAUCAUAGAGGAAAGAGAGAAGAUGUUUUGAGAGUGAUACAGGAGAUGCGUGGCUGGCGCUUGCCAAAUGUUCAUCUUUUAGUGACCAGUCGGGAUCACCUUGAUAUACGACGAUCACUAGACCCUUCCUCUGAGUGCGAUGUCUUGAUGGAGAAUCCGGGAAUUGCUGAGGAUAUCUCGAAUUUCGUCUCUUACCAGCUGAAAAAUGACACCAAGCUUCAGAGAUGGAAGAUGCGGCAUGGCGAGAUCCAAGACAAGAUAACAGAGGGUGCGCAGGGAGUUUUCAGAUACGCGGAAUGCCAGCUGAGGUCCUGUCGACAGGCACGAAACCGAAACCAACUUGACAAAUGUCUAGACUCUUUACCUCGCGACCUAGAUGAGACCUACGAACGAAUCCUUUGCGACAUCGAUGAAACAUAUGUCGAGGACGUACGGCGUAUUUUGACAGUACUUUGUCUCUCUAUACAACUGCUCACCGUCAGAGAGUUAACCGAAGCUCAUGCCGUAGAGCUUAGCGAAGAACCACCAUUCCUCGAUCGUGAGGGCCGAUCCUAUGAGCAAGAUGAUCUCGUCGAUAUUUGUCUUGGACUUAUAGAGAUUGUGGAAGUUGAAAAUGAAAAUGACCCCGAACAAAUGAUGUCGCUUGCUCGCAUUGCUCAUUUUUCCGUCAAAGAGUAUCUUCAAUCAGACCGUAUCCGACAGCAGAAAGCAGGAAGAUUCGCUAUUGAUACCGGAUCUGCAAAUGCCGAACUAAGCCAAAUCUGCCUCGUCUAUCUUUUAAACCCAACUUUAUCAUUAUCAGAUGGAAUUUCGGAUGAAGCAACGCUAAAAGACUUCGCUCUUGCGAGCUUUGCUGCCGAGCAUUGGUUUCACUAUUAUCAAUCUUCUUCUCCGUGGAACGCCAAAUCAGAAAAAUUGCUACUGAGGCUCUUCCAAAAUGAUAACAACUCAUUCGUGAACUGGGUCAGGCUAUACGAGAUAGACCGUCCAUGGUGGAUAUUUUUCGACUUCGAUGAAAGACCCGUGGAUGGCGUUAUAUCUCCCAUAUACUACGCAUCGUUUUUGGGACUAGAAGACAUCCUUAGAACUCUUCUAGCCAUUCAGGGAGAGAUAUUCAGUCUGCCAGACAUUAUAAAUUCCCGGUUCGGACACUAUGUCAAUGCACUUCAAGCAGCAUCGGUGCAAGGUCAUAGAAGAGUUGUCCAAAUACUUCUUCAACAUGGUGCCGACGUCAAUGCCCAAGGCGGAGUAUUUAACAGUGCGCUUGAAGCAGCUUCAAUCAAGGGCCACAAAGAGGUUGUUCAGAUACUGCUAGAUCAUGGUGCCGAUGUGAAUGCACAGGGGAAGUUUAAUAGCUAUGCUCUUCAUGCAGCGUCGAGUGAGGGCCAUGACCAAGUGGUUCGAAUACUACUAGCUCAUGGGGCGGAUGUGAAUACCCAGGGGAAAUUUGAUAGCUAUGCUCUUCAUGCGGCUUCGAGUGAGGGCCAUGACCAAGUUGUACAGAUACUACUGGAUCAUGGUGCUGAUGUGAAUGCUCAGGGGAGAUAUGGCCAUGCACUUCAUGCAGCGUCAAGGCAGGGCCACAAGGAGGUGGUUAGAACAUUACUAAAUCAUGGUGCUGACGUGAAUGCCGAGGGUAGAGUUUACGAUAAUGCCAUUCAAGCAGCAUUGAGGGAGGGUCAUGGCGAGAUAGUCCAAAUGCUUCUGGAUCAAAGUGCUGAUGUGAAUGCCGAAGAUGCAAUUCGCAUACGUGAGAUGCUUCAAGGUACCGAUAUGGCAAGGAUUAGUUAG